AUGCCCGGCCGUACAAAGAAGACGGAGGAUUCGUCGCAAGACGCCAACAUGCACGAUGUCCCGCCCUCCGCGCAGGCUGCUACCGUGGAAGACGCCGAAAUGGGAGACGCCGCAGAGGGGGAGGAACUAGAAGAAGAAGAGGACGGGGAGGAGGUCGAACCGCAAAGAGUCAAGAUUCUGCCGGGCUCUACGGACACGGCUGCCUCGUUUGAGUUUACGGACGAGGGACAUACCCUUGGCAACGCUCUGCGGUACAUCAUUAUGAAGAACCCUGAUGUUGAGUUUUGCGCUUAUGCUAUUCCUCAUCCGUCUGAGCCCAAGAUGAACAUAAGAAUCCAGACCUACGAGGGCAUGGCGGUAGAUGCUUUGAAGAAAGGCUUGGCGGACCUGCAGGACGUGUGUGAUGUAAUUUCCGAUGAGUUUUGGACCAAGAGACAGGCUUUCAAUGCGGACAAUGGCAUCGAGCGUUGA